GGAAACACUAAAAGGAACAAAAAAGCUAUUAGAAAUUAUUGUUACAACUCCUAUGUCAACUUUUCUUCGUAAUACUAUGACCCAGGAUCGCCUUACAGCGUUGUCGAUGCUGUCCAUUGAAAAGGAAUUUAUUUCGACCAUGGAAAAUUUCAACGGGAAUGUGAUCGACAAAUUUCCUGCCAAGAAGGAGCGCAGGAUCGAACUGACAUAUAAAAAAUAGGUAAGUUCGGAUUUGCAGAACACCUGUUUUAUUUUGCCACAAAAUUGUUGCUGUCAUUUUGUUUACGGUCUUCGUAGGUAUACUUUAUCUGAAGUCACUUGAAACACUGUGAAAUACCGGGUGCGUUUUAUAUAUCUAUAUUUAACA